AUGGGAGUGGGUAAAGCUGGCAAAGGAACAGGUAGCCGUGGUAAACAUCAUGGAAAGACCCACUUUUUAUGUUGUAGAUGUGGUAAACGUUCAUAUAUGGUUCAGAAAAAACGUUGUGCAUCAUGUGGUUAUCCAUCAGCUAAGAUGAGAUCUUACAAUUGGAGUGUAAAGGCCAAGAGAAGGCGAACAACUGGAACUGGUCGUAUGAGAUAUCUCAAGACAAUGUCUAGACGUUUUAAGAAUGGUUUUAGGGAAGGUACAGUUGCCAAACCACUUCGAAAUUCUAGUGUACAGAAGUAA